CGCAAAGCCAAGUUUUUUUUUUUCCUUUUCUUCUUCCUAAGAUUCCCCUUUCUCCUUCCUACCGCUUUCUCUAGCAGCUCUAGCUCGGUGGGUGCUUCGCCUUCGCGGCGCAAUGAUUCGCGUCCUGCUCGCCGGUCGGGAGGAGGACUUGUAGCAAGCAGUCUAGCGGUAGCAGUGCAGUGCUCGGAGGAGGGCGGAGGAGCUCCCAAUCUGCAGCCGGCCUGCGCUGCCGGCCGCGCAGGACGGCAGGAGGAUCGAUCGCUCGAUCGAUUUGAUUCGCCUGCGGCGGGAGAGGAGGAUGUUCAAGCUGCACCGACACCGCUCGUCGGACCGCAGCGUCGGCGAGCGCUACGAGUUCAGGUUCUCCAGCUUCCGCGCCGUCCAGGUCCCUGCGGUAUCGGACAGGCUAUUCCUUUCAAUAAUCUCAGUGGAUACUGGAAAAACAAUCGCCAAAUCCAGUAAAACAGCCGCCCGCAGCGGAAUCUGUCAAUGGCCUGAUUCCAUAUUGGAACCAAUUUGGUUUUCUCGAGAUGAAGUGUCAAAAGAAUUCUAUGAGUGCCAAUACAAGAUUGUUGUUUCUAUGGGAUCGAUAAAAACUGCUAUUCUAGGGGAAAUUUUCCUAAACCUGUCCAACUUUCUGAAUUUGGUGGACCCGACUGCUAUCUCUCUGCCAUUGAAGAGAUGCAAUUCUGGAACAGUCUUACAGCUUAAAGUUCAAUGUAUUGGCACAAAGUCUAAGUUGAGUGGUAUGAGGUCUUCGAAGGACAUGCCUCCUCGCGUCGAUAAUCGUUCUCCAAUAAAUGAUGAUAUGGAUAACAAAUCAGAUGGCUCUGACAAUAUGUUCAACAAUAGUGUUCGUUCUUCGUCAGGAAAUCCUUUAGUCGGCACUUAUCAAGACGAAUCUGGAAACAGGGAAAUGAGUUUCUCAGCCUCAGGGUCUCAUCGGAGUUCCAAUUCUGGAGAUAGUACAGUGGAUAGAGCAAACCUGUCUCCUAUAGCCAACUCUAAUGGCGGGCUGUACGUGGGAAGGCAGGAUUCAGCUAGUUCCUAUGCUAGCGCUGGCCGUGGUGAUGAAGGAUUCAGAUCAAACAAUUCAUCUUUCAGUUCCCGGGCUUCAGGUCCAAACGUGCUGCAAGGAAAUACUCCAAAAUCAUUUUCAAAUGGGAUUGCUCAGUCAUCAUUGGGGACAUCGGAUUCAUCUAAAGAUCUUCUUGAAGCUGCUGAAGAAACAAUUGAGGAACUCCGUGAUGAGGCAAAGAUGUGGGAACGGCAUUCUCGCAAAUUGAAGGCUGAUCUAGAGGCACUGAAGAAGGAAUGUUCCGAGAAAUCCAGGCAACAGACUGAGCUAGCUGUUGAACUGUCUGCUGCACAUGCAGAGCGGGAUUCCUAUAGGCAAGAAAUCGAAGAAUUGAAGUCAUCUCGGCAAGAGGUAACCACACGGCAAACCAAAUCAGGAACCCCCAAACGAGGGGACUGGAUCGAUCUGCAGAAGGAACUAGAAGAUGAGAUGAAGUUUCUGAAAGAAUCAAAUUUAAACUUAACGGUACAACUGAAGAAUACCCAAGAGGCAAAUAUAGAGCUCGUUUCUAUUCUUCAGGAACUGGAAGAGACCAUAGAAGAACAGAGAGCGGAAAUUUCUAAGGUCAAGGAUGUCACUAACCCUGGUGUCUCAAAAGAUGGGUUGUUUGUCAAAGAAGACACAGAAUGGGCUAGGAAACUGUCAAUGAAAGAUGAUGAAAUCACAAUGUUGAGGGAGAAACUUGAUCGUGUUCUCAAUAUUGAAACUGCAGGUGUUGCAGGUUCUGAUGCGGUUUAUCUCGAAUUGGAGAAAGAAAAUGAAAUUUUAAGGGUUAAAAUACAAGAACUCGAGAAAGAUUGUUCUGAACUAACAGAUGAAAAUCUGGAGCUUAUAUAUAAGCUCAAAGAAAACGGGGCGUCACAAGGGCAGGUCUCUUGUGUUUCAAACAGCGGUGAAUUGCAAAUUGAAAAGCUUACAUCAAAAAUAGAUCAACUGGAAGAGGAACUUAGGAAUAAGGAAAUGUUGCAUAUUGGCAGUUUCACUGAGGCAUCAAUGUCCAACGCCAAAGAAUUACAGAGAAAGUGUGCUGACCUUGAGUUGAAGCUGGUACAUUUUAGGUCUCAGGCCGGUGAACUCGAAGAGAAGUUCCAAAAAAGCCAAGAAGAGCUAGAACAAAAAAAUCUUGAGCUAUCUAAGUCGAGAGAUGAGCUUGAAAGCUUCCAUUCUACAGAACAGGAAGGUAGUGAAACUGGUGGUGCGAGAGGAUACCAAUUUAGAAGAGAAGAUCUAGAAGAUAGCAAAUCGGAGGCCGAUAUGCUGAAGACUAGAGUUCAGCUACAACAACAAGAAACUGAUGACUUGCGACGCUACAAAGUUGAAACAGAAAGUUUUAUUUCUGAAAUUCAGGCAGAGAAGAGUCAGUUAGUGGAGCGCUUGGCAGCAUCAGUUAAAGAAAGUAGCAUCACUUCAAAAUGCUUGGAUGAACUGCAGCAAGAUAUUUUUGUGCUUUCUAGCAGCGUAGAUUCACAUGUGUCUGCUAAUAAGGUUCUCGAAAGAAAGAUAACUGAACUUGAAAGCUGCAAAGCUGAACUAGAGUUGCAUAUAUCAGAACUGGAACAGGAAAAUAUAGAGUUGUCAGAACGGAUAUCUGGACUGGAAGCUCAGUUAUCUUACAUGACAAAUGAAAAGGAGUCAAGCGAGCUGCAGAUGCAUGACUCCAAAUCACUUGUCAUCAAUCUCAAAGAUAAAGUAGAGCGACAACAAGUAGAGAUGGAUACCAUAAGGCUUGAGUUUAAGCAAAAGCAACAAGAAGCUCAAAGAAAAUUGACCGAAGCGCAGGAUGAUUCAGAAGUUCUGAGAAGAUCUAAUUCGAAUCUACAAUCUACAGUUGAGAACCUUAUUGAAGAGUGCAGUUCUCUUCAAAAUCUAAUUGCAGAUCUCAAGAGGCAGAAGUUGGAAUUGCAUGGCCGUUUUACGCAACAAGAGCAGGAACUGGAUAACUCGAAAAAAAGGAACUUCGAGUUUUGUAAAACUGUGGAAUUCCUAGAGACAAAGCUUACUUCACUUCAGAAAGACAUAUCUUCCAAAGAGCAAUCUUUACUCUCAGAACUGGAGAGUAUAUUCCAGGAGCACAUGGAGCAAGAAGAAAAAAUAAAUCGUGCUCAUUUCAUGUUGAAUAAGAUCGAGAAAGAAAAGACUCUUGAAGUAGAGAAUCUUGAGAGGGAGGUCAUGAGUCUUAGUGCACAGGUGUCCUCCACACACGAGGAGAGAGAAAAUGCCACAGUGGAUGCCAUUCGAGAGGUUUCUAUCCUGCGAGCUGACAAGGCUAAACUUGAGGCUAAUUUCGAAAAUGUUAGUGAACAGUUGAGACAUUAUGAGUCUCAGAUAGAAGACCUUCGGAAGGAGUCCAAAAACAAGAUUAAAGGUUUGGUCGAUUCCCUUAAUGCAUCCAAACAGAGCGAGGAAAUGUUGACCGCAGAUGCUGAACAUAUGAAAAAGUUAAUGGAAGCUGCCAAGUCCAAUGAAGAUGAUCUAAGGAUGACCUCUGGUGAACUAGAGCUAAAACUUAAAUCCAGUGAUUAUGAGAAACAGCAGCUGAUGGAAGAAAUUUCCGGUCUGAAACUUCAGGUACAGAAAAUAACGAGUCUUCAAGAUGAAGUUUUCAAGCUUAGAAAUUCCCUUGAUGAGACUAAGUUUGAAAAGGGAAAACUCGAGGAACUACAGCAAUCUGUGACUGAGGAAUGUGAAGAACUGAAGGCACAGAAAGCUAUGCUAACAGAUAAAGUGUCCAAUAUGGAGGAGACUUUGAAGAGUGGUGAAGAAGAAAAACGAAGCAGAAGAUCUAUGCAAGCAAAGCUUGUGAGACUGGAGAGUGAUCUGUCGGCAUCGGAAGCAUCACAUGUACAUGAAGCAGAGUUAAAGAACGAACUUAGUAGGAUCAGAAGAUCAAAUAGUGAAUAUCAGAGGAAGAUACAGUCUCUUGAGCAGGAAAUUGAGGAUCUCACUAGGCAAGCUCAACUCGAUGGAAAGCAGGACAUUGGAUAUUCUACAGAUAAUGGGGAAACUGACAUUCAGUCAAAGAUUCAAUUACUAGAAAUGAAGCUUGCAGAGGCUUUGGAGGAAAAUAGGAUGUACAGGGCUCAAGAAAAGAGUCCCAUGCCUGAGGGGCAAUCUGCUGGUGAGGAUGGCAAGGUGAACAAUACCGACAGGAUUUUGCAAUUGGAAGGAGAGCUAAGAGAUAUGAAAGAGCGUUUACUCAACAUGAGCUUGGAGUAUGCAGAGGUAGAGGCUCAGCGGGAACGAUUAGUGAUGGAGCUGAAAACGAUCAAGAAAGGGCGAUGGUUCGCAUGAUGGAGAACAUAGAUGGGCAUAAUCAGCCAGAGUUCUGUGCCAUGAUAACGAGGCAACCUUUUCCAAUUAUCAUGUCGGAACAAGAGUAAAACUAGAUGUGAUGUCCAUUGGACAUGCUAGUUGGUACUGGAGGAUGUGCACACAAACAUAAUGUUACCCUGACGAGGCGAAAAUUGUGGGUCUGAUAAUUUCCUGGAAGAAAAGGUCACCUCCAGCUGUAAAGCCUCACUAUGGCAAUUCCGACUUAACCAAUCGAUCAUGCAAUACCUUGUUUCCUUCAGCCUGUAUACAUUUUCCUCAGUUGAUCGGGAGGGUGAACGCUAUUUGCUCAUAUGGUUACUCGGAUAGCCCGCCGUUUACAUGAUUACAUGCAUGCCUGCAGAGGCCCCUUUAACUGUCGAUAAAUGUAGUUUCCUUUCUUGGUGAGAUCAGCUCCAAGAGGUUAAGUUAGUAGAAGAGUCAUUAUACUCGUCUCGUACAGUAUUGUAAUGUGAUGUGUAAAAUAUGAACGGCUUAACUACUUAUUCAUUUUCAUUCUUCAUCAAGCCUGUCAGGAAUACAUUUCAUUAUGUCAUGUGAUCUGGAGAAUAAUUUCCAUGAGUAUAUAGUUGAGCUAUUCCUCUAA